AUGGCCUCUGAACGAGUUGCCCACAUCACCGACGCCCAGAAACAAGCUCUGAUGGACAAUUUACAGCUCGAGAUCGCCGACCGAGCCCGCAAAUUACGCGCCCAGUAUGCCCUCCAAGCCCAGGGCCUGCGCACUCGUCUGGAAAUGCGCAUCAACCGUAUCCCUCGCAACCUCCGUAAAGCCCACAUGGGCGAUUUAUUGGAAAAACACCUCGAAGCUCAGAAGAAGACUCAGCAGCGUCUACCCAGCCCUGCAAAGACGAAAGUCUUGAAGCGCAAGAGUGAGGAGCCUACCAUGGCCGACAAGGAAAACACUCAACCCGCUUCGGUAGCUCUUGCAAACCCAAAGAAGCGCAGCAAACCCAGCCCUGGCCCCACUGGCAUUCCUACCUCUCCCAAUUUGGGUCGUUACCAAAGACCUCAGCCUCUCAACACCGCCGUUCUCUCUCCCAAGUCUCCAAACACCCGUACAAUCACACGCUCUCCCGUAAAGUCUCCCGCGACAAAGUCACCACCACCACUUCCCAGACCUCGCGGUGCAGCGGCUCUUCAGCCAGCCCAGCAAACCAAGAAAGGCACGCUUAAAAGACCUGCCACCGCUCCCACCACAACCGCACUGGACUCUGUAGCAUCUACCGCACAAUCAAACACUUCUACGCGUCGUGCUCUCCGCGCCAGCAAUGCCUCGGCAGAAAGCACCAGCAGCGAAAAGACCACCAUCGUCAACAAGUCUCCCGCCAAACCCAACCCUCCCAGCCGCCCACAUACUGCUAUGGCUCUAGCAUCGCCUAAGAAGUUGCCCGUGCCUACCUCGCCCGUCAAAUACAACUCGAUCAGGGAGAAGCCAUUGCCAGUACCCGCUGCAGCACCAACUCCCGUCGCAGGCACGAUUAAAAAAGGUACCUUUAAGAGCGCAAUGGCCUCGCUCACGGGAAGCAAGAGAGGGAAGAAGACAACCGCUGCCGCUGCGCUUGCUCCCAGCAGUACACCACCGCCAGCUGGUAGAGUGCUGAGAAAGCGUGCACCCUGA